CUAGUAUGACUUAAUUAUUUUAUUUAUAUUGAUUUUUUAGCAUUGAUAGUGGAUUUAUACUGGCAUGCCUGAUAUUUUAAAGGAUGCCUCAUGUAGUUUUUAAUGUAAGCUCUGUGAUGUUGUUAGUUUUGUUAGAGAUUCAAAAAUGGUAUUAUCUUCCCUUAGAUGUCUCAGCUGUUUAAAAGACAUACAAUUUAUUGUUACUUUUUUUCUCAGUGAGAAAACACCGGGGUCUGCACACUCUGUCUGUGCAUCACAGAGUUCCUCCAAAGAUGUACCUCUCCAUUUCAAGAAACAUCUUAAAAAGACACAAUGGUCUAAAAAUCAACUCCAAUCUGACUGUCAGUCAGUGAGCUCUUCCAAAGAUGUACCUCUCCAUUUCAAGAAACAUCUUCAGGAAACACCGAGGUCAGUUUGUGCAUCUGAGAGUUCUUCCAAAGAUGUACCUCUCCAUUUUAGGAAAGAUCAAAAAGUAUAUGGAAUGCCAAAAUAUUGGGGUGGACAUAUGAGUGGUGUUGCAAGUCUUCCCAAGUUAAACUUAAUGGGGCCUACAGCUGCUGUAUAUCCAGUGAAGACAUCUAAUAUCAUUGAGGAGGCUAAAUUUUCUCCAUGUUUGCUGAAGAGGACUUCCAUUGAUGACCAACCCCAAAAUCAAUUGGAGAGUCCACACUGGGACUAUUUUGAACAAGAGACAGAAUCAACUUUUGAGGACAACAAAACUCAUCACCAGGAUGAUCUAGAGAGAGCAGAAUCCACAAAGUCAUCUACAUCGGGUUACUCAUCAUCUAAAACAAGUGGAUCACGGGAUUUCGACUCUGAUGUUGAGACUGUUAUAUAUGAUAAUAUACAGGUGAUCUGUGACAUUUGUCGCAAAAUUGCUGCUGUGAAGACCUGCCUGACCUGCAACGUUUCCUUCUGUGAGAAGGAUGGCCGGCAACACUACAAAGUGGAUGCCCUGAAUAGACAUAAGCUCAUAGAUGUGUGCAGUGAAGUCGAGAGAAAACGGUGUCGUCAUUAUGAAAAGUCUCUGGAUUUCUUCUGCAGGACUGAUCAGAUGUCUAUUUGCAGCAUUUGUGCAGAGGGGAAACACAGGGGACAUGACAUCACUGAGCACAGGGCAUGGAGGACACAACAGGCAAGUGAAAGUGAAAGGGUGAUAUCGAAAUCAUCGGUGAUGUGCUACAUUUUGUUUACAAUCGCUAUUUAAUUACAGUUGUCUGAUGAUGAAGAACCCGAGGACUAUGAAAUGCCACACAAAGUGGUGCCCCCUCCUGGUAGGAUUCAGUUCCCGUCAGUGAAGCCAAACUCGGUGGUCCUCAGCUGGGGAAACCCAAAGGGACUAGAAGGACCCAAAAGCUUCAGGAUCAUGUGGAGCUCUUUGCAGAAGGUGGAAGGUCGCUUAGUCAUCAAAAAUUUUCAUAAAAUAGAAAUAAGCAACCUUGAACUUGGACAACAGUAUUUCUUCAGCGUGGCCACAGAAGAUGAAGAUGGCAAUUUAAGCGAAUGGGUCACUGCAACUGUUUUCACAGUUGUGCCACCCCCUCGACAUUUAACAAAAGAGCACUCCGAUGCUACAUCUCUGACCUUGAAAUGGAUGGAUGGAGAAAAAAUGGAGGGAAUUCCUCAACAAUUUCUCAUAGCUGUUGAAAGUCCAGGAAAAGAGCCUCUGGUGAUACACACCCAUGAUUACUGCAAAAAAGUCUGUGAUUUAGAACCAGACACAAAGUACACCAUCUCUGUCUCAACAGUGGUGAAUGAUAGGUGCAGCAAGCCAAUUUCUAUCUGCACACGCACAGAGCCAAGUCUAAGGCAGGUGUUGUCAAAGAUUGGACUGGAAGACCAGUAUGACACCAAGCUCACACUUAGCACUGUCCUGGAGAUUAAUCAGUAUGAUCGAUCACAGAGGAAACCAAAAUCUGCAAGGGCAGUUCCUGAGGCCUUUUUAAAGCAACUCAUGUUGCUGAAUACAAAUGCUAGAAGUGCCACAUGUGUGUCUCAAGAUGGGGACAAGUGCAAUGCUAUCAAUCUUUUGGACUUGGUAACUGCACUGUUCCUUUGUUCAGACAGUGCUCUUCAGCAGGACUUGGUCCUGAAAAUGUCACUCUGUCAGUUUGCUGUCCCGCUCUUGCUUCCAAACUCUGAAACAAGAGAAAUCACAAUGAUGCUGUGGUCUAUGCGCGACAUUGUCCGAACUUUCAGACCCUCUCAGCAGGCGUUCCUAAAGUCAUACUGUGAUGAAAGACUUGUGCUGUCUGAUAUUCCUUUGGUAUCGUUUGUCAGGCUGGGAAAAACAUCUUUGUCCAAAUCUCAGAUGUUGAACAAGUUGCUGUGCAACAAUCAGCAGAUUCAUCACACAUUUUGUCACCGUAUCAUGGCAUGUUGUGAUGUUCCCAGAAGAAUUUCAGAUGGACUGGUGGAAAUCAGCUGGUACCUCCCGUGUGGGAACAGGAAGAUAGAUAAAUUCACAGAACCAUUGGCUUUUACCAAUAUGAGAGGAGAUAUCAAGGCUUCUGAAAGACAAUUUGCAUUCCUAUGUCAGGCAUCUGCAGCUGUUUACAUCUACUGUGAUGAAUCAGAAACUAAUUACUUCAAGCAUCUGGAAGGAAAACAUCUGGCAGCAAAUAUCUUUUUGAUAAGCAGUACACAGGGAAAAAGCUAUAGACUCAAACAACUGACUGUGAACCCAAGAUUAAAGAUGACUGAUAUUAGUCAGAUUAAAAAGACUGAUACAGAACUACUAAAGGCACUCCAGGAAUCAGUCUCUAAAAUGCUAGUAAGCCCCCAAACCAAAAAAGUGUCAUUGGCAGAUUUGGCUUACACAGCUCACUGUUGUCAGAUUCUCGUUGAUGAGGAUAGGGAUGAAUGCCAGACUGCUUGGGAGAAUGCGAGUAAAAUCACUGCAAAGGUAACUAACAUCUCUGAAUUCAAAGACAAGCAACUGCCUUAUCAGGGAAACAUCUGGAAAGCAAUUUCAUGGGUGGAAACUGAGUGCUGGAGGCUACGUAAAGUUGGAAACAAUAACCCUGGCAAUUACUGCGAGUCCAUAAAAGAAAAAGAGAAAGAGCUGAGGAACAAGCAGCGAAGUUUUGAGAUGACAACUGCAGUGGAAUGCUUCCACCAUGGGAUGACAACCUCAGAGGUUCAACGCUACCAUUUUCUCAAAUGGCUGGAAAUGGAACUGGAUAACCUGUCCAGGCAUCAACUGUCAGCUCUCCAGGAUCGAUACAAAGAGCUUAGGCAGAAAUCUCUCGAGGAAACAAAAGAAAUUGUGUUAACUGACAACCAAAUUUCAGCUUGCUCUUUAAGAGUAGUCCACUUUGUCAGAGAGUGUGGGCAGCUGUAUAAUAAUGUGAGUUGCCUGCCAGAAUACAGUCGUCAGAGAAAAAACAUCGAACAGCUUCCUGGACAGUGUGCUCAGAUGAUGCUUGAUGGUUUCCCUCUUGAGCUUGUUGAUGGAGAUGCAACAAACAUCCCAAUAAAAUGGAUCAGCCAGGUACUUACUGAAUUGCAUAACAUCAUGAAUUCCAGUAGCAAGCUUAAGGUCAUCACAGUCAUUGGAGCUGAAAAUUCAGGUAAAUCAACUUUGCUCAACACCAUGUUUGGGGUCAGGUUUGCCGUCAACGUGGGUACAUGCACCAGAGGGGCAUUCAUACAGCUGAUCAGUGUCAGUAAAGACAUCAGGAAAGAGCUGGGCUGUGACUGCAUCAUGCUCAUUGAUACAGAGGGCCUGAAGCCACAUCGGAUGGUUCGUGAUGAUCACAGCCAUGAACGUGACAAAGAAGUUGCGAGCCUUGCAGUGGCACUCAGUGAUGUUGUAGUUGUCAGUAUUUCCAACGACAGCUCCAGAGAGAAAGACCUCUGGGAAAUGGUGUGUCAUGCUUUUGCAAGGCUGAAGGGUGUUAGCAAGAAGAAGCCAGUUUGUCAUUUUGUACAUACAAACAUGUAUGACAUGCCUGCUUUGGAGCAGCUGAAGAGAAGUAAAGAGCUGAUGGAACAGCUCAAUGAAAUGAUCGGAAAAGAUGUUAAAAUGAAGAAGGCCAACAUCAAUAAGCUCUCAGAUGUGAUCAAGUUUGAUCUAAACAAUUGGAGCUGGUACAUUCCUCCAGUGUGGGAUGGGACUCCACCAAUGGCUCCUGUCAAUGUUGGCUACAGUGCAACUGUCUAUACUUUGAAAAAGGUUCUAAUAAAUGACCUCCAAAAGUGCCCGGAACGAGGGGAUCUAAUUCAAUUCAUCGGGAAGGUAGAACAAUUCUGGAAGACUGUGUAAAGAAAAUACAUGAAACUGAUAUGGACUUAGUAUAUGGCCAUAAGCUAUCUGACCACAAAAAAGUAUUUAUUUUCAAUAUUGUUCACUCAUUUU